AAAAGUGAGAAGCAGCAGAGCAGGCAAGGUUGCGAGGACCAAAGCAAAGACUCGCGAGAGAAGCAGCGGGCAGCAGCAGCCGAGCUCGACUCCCCCUCCCACUCCACCACCGCCGCUUCAGAUUCCAGCGGCGAGAGGCCGAAAUCGAGGCGAGGCCACCGCUCGGCGCGCCCUCCCGCCUGCUUUCCUCCCGGCUCCAGCAGGCAGGCCAGCCUGCCAACCGAGCGGCGCACCAGCCAGCCGCCGUCUUCUUCUAGGCUGCAGCGGAGCGGAGAUCCACCCGGAGUCCCCACCGCUUCCUCCUUCUCCUGGUUCUACGAUAUUCAAUCAGAGCUGUUGGUACUGUCAGUUGCCCCUAUGUAUUGCCACCGUUCUUAAAACUCCAUAGUAGUUACUUGGAGAUCAGAUGCGACAAAUAUGCACACCAAAGGGGCUUCUUCAGAUGCCAUCAGAGUUAGCACAUCUAGUGCCCCUAGUACAUCAAGUCAUGGUUCUGCACAAGAUGACUAUGAUUCCUCAGGUGACGUGUACGUGUGGGGUGAAGUCAUUUGUGACAACACCGUAAGAGUUGGUUCUGACACGGUAAUCAGGUCAACUGGGAAGACCGAUGUUCUUCUGCCUAAGCCCUUGGAGUCCAAGUUAGUUCUUGACGUGUAUCAUGUGGAUUGUGGAGUCAAGCACGCUGCUCUGGUCACAAAAAAUGGGGAAGUGUUUACAUGGGGUGAAGAAUCUGGGGGCCGUCUUGGCCAUGGAUCAAGGGAAGACUCUGUUCAUCCUCGUCUAGUCGAGUCGUUAGCAAUUAGCAAUGUGGACAUCGUUGCCUGUGGGGAGUUCCACACUUGUGCGGUCACAACGGCUGGGGAACUGUACACCUGGGGCGAUGGAACACAUAAUAUUGGACUUCUAGGCAAUGGUACUGAUGUAAGCCAUUGGAUUCCUAAAAGGAUUUUAGGAGCGCUGGAUGGUCUUCAAGUUGCCUAUGUUUCUUGUGGGACCUGGCAUACAGCCUUGAUUACAUCAAGAGGCCAGCUAUUUACCUUCGGUGAUGGUACAUUUGGAGUCUUAGGACAUGGAAACCGUGAAAGUAUUUCGUGUCCAAGGGAGAUAGAGUCUUUAUCUGGGUUAAAAACAAUUGCUGUUGCAUGUGGUGCAUGGCACACUGCAGCGGUUGUAGAAGUUAUAGUGACCCAAUCCAGUUCAAGUAUAUCUUCUGGAAAACUCUUCACGUGGGGAGAUGGUGACAAACAUCGGCUUGGUCAUGGUGACAAGGAACCAAGACUUAAGCCUACGUGUGUGGCUUCACUUAUUGAUUACGAUUUCUACAGGAUAGCAUGUGGUCAUAGUCUCACUGUAGGCCUGACAACAUCUGGACAGGUUCUGAGCAUGGGUAAUACUGUUUAUGGUCAACUUGGGAAUCCCCGCUCAGAUGGCAAACUUCCAUGCUUAGUUGAAGAUAUUAUGAGUGAACAUGUUGUCCAAGUUGCCUGUGGUUCCUACCAUGUUGCAGUCUUAACAAAUAAGAGUGAGGUCUUUACAUGGGGGAAAGGGGCCAAUGGAAGAUUGGGCCAUGGAGAUAUAGAGGAUAGGAAAAUACCUACACUGGUCGAGGCGUUGAGAGACAGGGCUGUUAGGCACAUAGCUUGUGGCUCAAACUUCACUGCAGCUAUAUGCCAGCAUAAGUGGGUCUCAGGAGCUGAGCAGUCGCAGUGUGCUUCAUGCCGGCAGCCGUUUGGAUUCACCCGAAAGAGGCAUAACUGCCAUAAUUGUGGACUUGUCCAUUGUAAUGCAUGCACCUCGCGUAAAGCUCUGAGAGCUGCAUUGGCUCCUAAUCCUGCGAAACCAUACCGUGUUUGUGAUUCCUGUUUCAUGAAAUUGAACAGUGCGGCAUACUCCAGUGCAAUUAAUCAAAAUAAGAGGAAAGAGGCUGUUCCUCGCCACUCUGGUGAAAGCAACCCUGAUACUAAAUUGGCUAAAGCAAUUGUACCCAGCAAUUUGGAUAUGAUUAGAAGUUUGGAUAGCAAGGCAGCAAAACAAGGGAAGAAAACUGAUGCACUGUCAUUUCUUCGGAAUCCUCAAAUGACUUCACUUCUUCAGCUAAGAGAUAUUGCUUUAUCUGGUGGAAUUGAUCUGAACAAAUCAGUUCCAAGAGCAGUUCGCACAUCAGCAGUUCGAUCUUUGAACUCAUCUAGGGCCGUUUCCCCUUUCUCUCGCAAGCCUAGUCCACCACGUUCAACCACACCAGUCCCAACAACUCAUGGCCUUUCUAUUGCUAAAACUGCUGCUGACAGUCUUGCAAAAACUAACGAGAUGUUAAAUCAAGAGGUUGAAAGACUCCGUGCACAGGUUGAUAAUCUGAGGCACCGCUGUGAACUUCAAGAACUUGAGUUGCAGAAAUCAGCAAAGAAAGUACAAGAGGCCAUGACACUGGUUUCAGAGGAAUCUGCAAAGUCUAAAGCUGCUAAGGAAGUCAUAAAGUCCCUAACAGCACAGCUCAAGGAUAUGGCUGAAAGCCUACCUCCAGAUCAGGGAGCCUAUGAUGGCAGUGAAGCCAAACAAGUGCACGUUCCCAAUGGCAUCGAGAUGUAUGCUUCUAUUUACACUAGCAUGAAUGGUAUUCAUCAGCCACGAAAUGAGUCUGUCAGUGCUGUCAGCACACCGAGCCUGAAUAUGGGACGAGCGUUGCAUCCAAAUGGAAUCUCAAGUCAACAUAAAUCACCAGGAAGUAUUAGUGAAAAUAGCGAAGUGAGUGCUCACAGCCAUAGGGUUUCAGGCCCUCCCGACGCUGAAAAGUUGAAUAGAAGGGGACAUAUCAGUAGUGAUGAGAUGCUGAGUGCAAGCAGUAGAGCAGAUGAUAGCAGCAGCCAGGAUGGUAGGUCCCUUUUUAAUGGUGAGGAUGGCUACAAAUCUCGAAGCGUGGUAUCAAUUCCCAGCAACCAAGUCCAGGCUGAGUGGAUUGAGCAGUAUGAGCCAGGUGUAUACAUAACACUGACAACUCUUCGUGAUGGGACCCGAGAUCUAAAGCGCGUACGUUUCAGUCGAAGGCGGUUUGGGGAGCAUCAAGCAGAGAGCUGGUGGAAUGAGAACCGCGACAAGGUGUACGAGAAGUACAACAUCAUCCAGGCCGACGGCUUCUUCGGCCUCUACGCGGGCUACGCCGCCACGCUCCUCCGCAACCUCCCCGCCGGGGUGCUCAGUUACUCCUCCUUCGAGUACCUCAAGGCGUUCACCCUCAGGACUCGCGGCAAGGACAGACUCACGCCCGGGGAGAGCGUGCUCUGCGGGGCUCUGGCCGGGGCCAUAUCCGCCGCGCUCACCACCCCGCUGGACGUCGUCAAGACGCGCCUCAUGACAAGGGUCGGCACCGAGGGCAGCCGCACCGUGCUGGGCACCAUGAGGGGGGUCGUCGCCGAGGAGGGGCUCGUGGGCCUGUACCGUGGCAUUGGCCCCAGGGUGCUGCACAGCGCCUGCUUUGCGGCCAUAGGCUACUGCGCCUUCGAGACCGCAAGGCUUGCCAUUCUGCAGCUCUACCUUGAAGGCUGCCAGAGGAAGGCUGCAGCACAGCACAGCACAGCUCUACCGUGACAUGCUGCUGCCACUUGAUGAGUAUGCCCUGUUUUCCUUCAUUCCUUCCUUGAGGGAAGUUAUCAUUAUAACUGUUGCUGGUUCUCAGCCUGCUAGAUUGCUAGUUUUGGGGGUGUCAAGUUUUGUUUCCCUUGCUUGAAGUAGAUGAUCAGGCGUAUGCUGCAUUUCCCUUGCUUGAAGGCAUUUCCCUUAGCAUCAUCAAGAGUUGGUUGUAGAGUUGAAUGAACAAUAUCGGGCCAUAAGUUAAGAGCUAUAAUACCAGGCAGGCAAUUGACCAUUUCGUUACUC